UCACAGGGAAAAGGAAAACCACCAGCACAAGGGGAAGCCCUCCGUGACCCCAUCCAUGCCUCUUACCUCGGGCUCAGGAGCUGGUGCUCAAAAGUCUUGACGGUGGAGCCCAAGGCGACGAUGCCAUCAAACAGUUCAUUCUGACCAGGGACUGCCCCGGUGCGGGCUCCUUGGCGGCGAGGGGCGGGGUCCCGAGGCGGGGCGUGCCCUCCGCGGCAGCCACCCGAGUAGAGGGUUAAUGGCAAGGGAGGGGUCCCCCAAGGAGGCGUGGCCUCGGGGAGGGCGCUUCCUGGAGCAGCGACGAGAGGGUUAACUGCCCCCCAAGGCCCCCCUCGAGGCAGGGCCUCGGGUGGGCGGGCCUAGGGGAGGUGCUGGAGGCGAACGCGGCCUGUGGUCUGCGCCCUGCGCGCCUCGGCUUCUGCUUAUUUCGGCCGGGCUCCUCCUGAGGUCCGGCCGCCUCCCGGGCUGGGAAGCCAAGAGCGCGACGGCCGGCGGUGAGGCCCGCAGCGGGGCGAACUCGCGAGUCUCGGGCGACCCGGGACGGAUGGGGUCAGUCCCAAACUGGAGCUCGACUUUCAGAACAGAGACGCCCCAGCAAGAUCCUCAGGGAGUCGUCCAGCUCCUCACCUCCAUGGGCCAGACGGCCCUGGCAGGGGGCAGCAGCAGCACCCCCACCACACAGGCCCUGUACCCUGACCUCUCUUGUCCCGAGGGCUUGGAAGAGCUGCUCUCUGCUCCUCCUCCUGACCUGGGGGCCCAACGGCGCCACGGCUGGAACCCCAAGGACUGCUCAGAGAACAUCGAGGUCAAGGAAGGGGGGUUAUGCUUUGAGCGGCGUCCCGUGGCCCAGAGCACUGAUGGGGUCCGGGGUAAGAUGGGCUACUCGAGGGGCCUGCACGCCUGGGAGAUCAGCUGGCCCCCUGCGCAGAGGGGCACACAUGCCGUGGUGGGCGUGGCCACGGCCCUCGCCCCGCUGCAGGCCGACCACUACGCGGCGCUGCUGGGCAGCAACAGCGAGUCGUGGGGCUGGGACAUUGGGCGGGGGAAGCUGUACCAUCAGAGCAAGGGGCCCGGGGCCCCCCAGUAUCCAGCCGGACCUCAGGGUGAGCAGCUGGUGGUGCCGGAGAGGCUGCUGGUGGUUCUGGACAUGGAGGAGGGAACUCUGGGCUACGCUAUUGGGGGCUCCUACCUGGGGCCAGCCUUCCGUGGACUGAAGGACAGGACCCUCUAUCCGGCAGUAAGCGCUGUCUGGGGCCAGUGCCAGGUCCGCAUCCGCUACCUGGGCGAAAGGAGAGCGGAGCCACACUCCCUUCUGCACCUGAGCCGCCUGUGUGUGCGCCGCGCCCUGGGGGACAUGCGGCUUGGCCAGAUAUCUGCUCUGCCCUUGCCCCCUGCCAUGAAGCGCUACCUGCUCUACCAGUGACCAGUCAUAGCACAGACUGUGCUAGGCCUCGAUACCAUCCCUGCACUGGGGGAGGCAGGGAGGCACUGCUGGCCUAGACAAGCAACUUGAAGCCAGUGAGGCUGGGCCCCUACCCCAACCCAAGCCCUGGGGAGCACAACAGCCCCAGAGCCACCCGGAGGGGUGGAAGGGAGGGAGCUGCUAUUCAAGGCCUGGUACGCAAGACAUUUUUCCAAGUAAAAGUCGUGUGUAAGAGAUGUGUCAUUACAGAAACCCA